UUAAUUAUCCAGUCUCCUGUCUCUUGGCUUCUCGUCUGGCAGACUUGGUUCUUGGUUUCUUGGUGUCUUGUCUGGGUUCGCUCUGCUGAUCUCUUCUCCUCCCAGUCUUCAUGCAGGGUGAACAGGAACACCGUCAGUGGCUAUUUCCUUGCUGGCCGGGACAUGGCGUGGUGGCCAAUCGGAGCCUCUCUGUUUGCCAGCAGCGAGGGCUCGGGGCUCUUCAUCGGGCUGGCCGGGACCGGUGCUGCCGGGGGAAUCGCUGUCACCGGCUUCGAGUGGAACGCGACGUACGCCCUGCUGGCGCUGGCCUGGGUCUUCGUUCCCGUCUACAUCUCGGCCGGGAUCGUCACGAUGCCCGAGUACCUCCAGCGGAGGUUUGGAGGCGAGAGGAUCCGCGUCUACCUCUCGGGCCUGUCGCUCCUGCUCUCCAUCUUCACCAAGAUCUCCACCGACCUGUACUCGGGGGCCCUGUUCGUGCACGUCUGCCUGGGCUGGAACCUCUACCUCUCCACCGUCCUGAUGCUGCUGGUCACGGGGCUCUACACCAUCGCAGGGGGGCUGGCGGCCGUCAUCUACACCGACACGCUGCAGACCCUCAUCAUGGUCCUUGGAGCCAUCGUGCUGGCCGUGAGAGCUUUUAAUGAGAUCGGAGGCUACCCCAACCUGGAAGAGGCCUACUUAAAAGCCGUGCCGUCCAAGAUUGUGCCCAACACGACCUGCCACCUGCCCAGAGCGGAUGCCAUGCACCUCUUCCGAGACCCGGUCUCUGGAGAUCUGCCUUGGACCGGGAUGACGUUCGGGCUGUCCGUCAUGGCCGCGUGGUACUGGUGCACCGACCAGGUCAUCGUCCAGCGGUCUCUCUCUGCCAAGAGCCUGAGCCACGCCAAGGCCGGCUCCAUCCUGGCCAGCUACCUGAAGAUGCUGCCCUUGUUCGUGAUCGUCAUGCCGGGGAUGAUCAGCAGGGUCCUGUACCCAGAUGCCGUGGCCUGCGUGGACCCCGAGGAAUGCACCCGUGUGUGCGGGGUGGCCGUGGGCUGCUCCAACAUCGCCUACCCCAAGCUGGUGGUGGAGCUGAUGCCCAGCGGGCUGUGGGGUCUGAUGAUCGCCGUGAUGAUGGCCGCGCUCAUGUCCUCCCUCACCUCCAUAUUCAACAGCAGCAGCACCCUCUUCACCAUGGACAUCUGGAGGAGGCUGAGGCCGGGAGCCGGCGAGCGGGAGCUGCUCUUGGUGGGCAGGGUGGUCACGGUGGUGCUGGUGGUCCUCAGCGUGGUCUGGCUCCCCAUCCUGCAGAGCUCCAGCGGCGGGCAGCUCUACGUCUACAUCCAGGCUGUCACCAGCUCGCUGGCUCCUCCCGUCACCGCAGUGUUCGUCCUGGCCGUCUUCUGGCCCCGCGCUAACGAGCAGGGAGCUUUCUGGGGCUUGAUGGCGGGGCUGGCGCUGGGGCUGGCCAGGAUGGGGCUGGAGCUGGCGUACCCCUCGCCCCACUGCGGGGUCCCCGACCGGCGGCCCUGGCUGCUGGCCCACCUGCACUACCUGCACUUCGCCGUGCUGCUGUGUGCUGCCACGGGAGCCGUCGUGGUGGGGGGCAGCCUGCUGUCCCCCCCGCCGCCCCCUGACAGGCUGCGGGAUCUCACCUGGUGGAGCCUGCCGUGGAAGCCCCCCCAGCCCUCCGUGGACGGCACAUCCCAGGGACCCCUGGAUGGCCCCUGCUCAGCCUCCCCAGGCAGCCGGCACCCAGCGAAGGCCGAGGGACCCCCGGCCCUGAGGGAUACCACGGAGCCCCCCGUCUGGACCCGGGUCUGCAACAUCAACGCCGUUAUCCUGGUGUGCAUCAAUAUUUUCUGCUACGCCUAUUUUGCCUAGCAGCCUCGUCAGCCCCCCACGGGGGAGGGGAAUGGGAGGAGAAUUUGGGUGAUCUUUUCUAUUUGUCGUGUGUGGGACGUGGGGAGUUUAAAUCCACGGGCGCAACGAGCUGGGUGCUCUCGGCACCGUGUGUCCCAGGGGACCAUGAGGGCUGGGGGGGGGGGGGGGGGGGGGGGCCGUGCAUGGGGACAGAGAGCCCCCCGGGUGAGGCUUUGGGGUGGGCACACGGGGCUGCGGGGAGGACAGCAGGCAGGGCCCAACCUCCAUGAAACAGCAGCUGCGAGGAGGAGGCCGCACUCGAGGGUUUCAUCCAAACACACUUUACUAGCUCUAAAUAAAAUAUUAAAAAGCCACAGUUUGCAGCUACAAACAGCACCAGCAGGACUGAAUUCCUCCGGGGCAGCCGGUCCUGGCACCCUGCACAGCGUUACCCAGCCCAGGCCACGUCCCGGCCAUGUUUCGGCUGCCUGCAGCUCUCCGGGGAGCAGGGGCUUCGAAAGGUCCUGGCGAGGAGCUGCCACCCGUCGCAGCCCCGGCAAGAAGCCAGUCCGGGCUGGGUCUGCCGCGGUGUUUUCCAUUUACUGGGCACGGGACUGC